CUAGUCCAGUCAAUUACUCGAUUAUUUGAUUGAUCGUAUAUUUGACUCUUCAGAGAUACAAUGGUGGCACCCCUCGAUACUCUAACCAUGUCCAGUCACCCUAACCCAGGCUUAAAACCCUAACUUGAAAACCAAACCCUGCCUUUAAACACUUACCAUGGCUUGAGACCCUAAAUUGCAACCCUAAACGAUUAUUGAAACCUUACUUCAAAACACUAUUCCUUGUUAGCCAGAGCUCGGGUUUUAAGGUAGGGUUUCAAGGAAGAGCUGUGGGGUUCCAAGUCUUGGGUAGCGUUUCAAAGUGAGGUUUCAAUAAAGGAUUAAGCUAUUUAUGACAAGGUCAGUGUAUAAAACAACCGUUGCUCUUUCAAUUUCAAGAAAUGUUUGAACUUUCUAGUUAGUGCUUGCAAUCAUAGUUAGGGUUUCAAGACAAUGUUACGUUUCCAGUUUUAGGCUUUUAAUAAAGCCAAGGUUAAUUUUUUUAAGGUAGGGUUUUCGCCAAGGAUUUCAGGUCAUGGUCGUGGAUGUAAAUGUGGGUUACAAGUUUAUCUUAUGGUUUCAAACAGGGUUAGUGUUUCAAAUGUGGAUCUUUGGCCUUAACUUCCGCAGGAAAACUUGCGUGCAGCGUUGCAUGUACUUCCCCCGCCGACCAUGCUGCGGCAGUGCGGCGCUUUGUUGACCACGUUGCCAACUUCCUCUUGGCAACGAAGUAGUUGUUGUCAAACGUUGCUAAGGAAGUUGCCCAGCUACUUAUUUUUAUUCGAGACGCUCCGAUGGGCGAUAAACCGACGGUAAACGGUGCUGGGAAUAUCGGAUUGAUUGUAUUUUAAUGACAAUCAAACGACAGCUAGAAUGUCUUUAAUGCCUUUGAGAAUUGUAGAGUGUGUUUAAUCGGCCUAUGCCGAGUUAGUUUAGCGAGAACCAUGCUGGCCUAGCCGCAUUACGAUCCAGUUGUGUUAGCCACAGAUUCAUCCCAAUAUCUGUAUUAUUUCAUUUGUUUCGAGCGAGAGGAUGAAACAGGGCGACAUUUUACAAAUCAAAGUAGAAGCGAGCCAAGGAUGACGGAGAACGGAGACGGCGCGAGGCCGGGCAACCGCAGCCCGGCGACAGUCGCCAGUGACGCUCGAGCGCCAAAGGGCCCGUCGUUGGACCGCAAAAUGUGCAAGGAAUUCAACAACGCCCUCAAACUGCAGCAGGCUGCACGGAACGCGGCGGGGGAUAGUCCGUACCAACCUCGAGCGCCCUCACUGCACAACAAGUGGAAGGGCAAGAAGAUGCCGGAGGAGAGCGUCCGUUCCCGGAAGCUGAGAUCCAGCCAGGAGAGCCUGAGCGACCCGGUGGGCUCGUCCACGGACUCUCUCAAAGAAUUGGGUUCCCCUACGAGCGAGUCCAGCGUGGCGCUCCCCGGGGUGUUCCGGAAGAGAGGUACCAGCCUGUCCGACUGCGAGGGCAGCCCGACGGCCGAGCCGCCGAGCGACUGCCCGGAGCUCCGGCUGCGGUCCUCCAGGGUGCGCCUGUCACCUGUACAGUCCAGAUCGGCGCCGCUGCCCGCCCUGCGGCACAACUUCAUGUCGGCCGCGCUGAAGGCCACUAAUAGGAUUGACAAGGAUUGUUCAGAUUACGGCGCCCGGAGGAGCAACGAGAGGCUGCUCCUGCACAGGAACCUGAGCGAGAGCGACGCAGGUUCAGAUAGCCUGUCCGUCACCUCCAUGAGGUCUACCAGCAGCGUGUUGAGCCCCAUCAAACCGCAGGAAGUCAGAAACAGGAGCUUUCUGGAGGGUGGAGGGUUGGGGAGCGGCGCCCUGCUAGGGGUGGAGGAGCUCCAGCGCUACUUCCCUGACCGGAGGCUCGGAGUCUACGUGGUCACAUGGAACAUGCAGGGCGAGAAGGGCCUCCCGUCGAACCUCGAUGACCUCCUCCUUCCGACCGACUCAGAAUUUGCACAAGAUUUUUACAUUAUCGGAGUGCAGGAAGGAUGUCCUGACAGGAGGGAGUGGGAGACACGCCUCCAGGAGUCUCUGGGUCCACAUUAUGUCAUGCUGUACGGAGCAUCCCACGGCGUCCUGUACCUCAGCGCCUUCAUCCGCAGGGACCUGAUCUGGUUCUGCUCCGAGGUGGAGCACGCCACCGUCACCACCAGGAUCAUCUCUCAGAUCAAGACCAAAGGGGCCGUGGCCAUGGCCUUCACUUUCUUCGGCACGUCCUUCCUCUUCAUCACGUCACACUUCACCUCCGGAGAUGCCAAAGUGUACGAGAGGAUUUUGGACUACAACAAGAUCGUGGAGGCGUUGGCGCUUCCCAAGGGACUGCCGGAUACCAACCCCUACCGAUCCACAUCAUCUGACGUCACCACAAGGUUCGACCAGGUCUUCUGGUUCGGGGACUUUAACUUCCGUCUUGGUCACGAGCGGGCCAGCGUGGACACGAUCAUCAAGAGCACGUCGGGUGACCACAUGGAGGCCCUGAUGGAGCACGACCAGCUGUCCAAGGAGAUGAAAGAUGGUUCUAUCUUCAAAGGUUUUCGGGAGGCCGGGAUCCACUUCCUGCCCACGUAUAAGUUUGACAUUGGCAGUGACGUGUAUGACACCAGCGCCAAACAGAGGACACCAUCGUACACGGACAGGAUCUUGUUCCGGACCAGGUACGCGGACGACAUCCACGUGCUCAAAUACGCCAGCUGCUCCAGCAUCAAGACCUCGGAUCACCGGCCCGUCAUCGGGAUCUACCACGUCAAACUGAAGGCGGGCCGAGACACCAUUCCGUUGGGAGCGGGCCAGUUUGACCGCAGCCUGUACCUGGAGGGCAUCAAGCGGAGGAUCAGCAGGGAGCUCAAGAUGAGGGAGGCCAUGAAGAACCAAAGCAGCGUGUGCGCCAUCUCGUGAGAUACACCCGAAACUAGACGGUACAUACAGCACCACCUACUGGUCAGAAUGGGGAGAACCCGAGGGCAGGAACCUCGACAUCCCCGUUAUUCCGAUGUCAGUAUUAAUGUCAUUAUGUGUUGGGACAUUUUUAGAGAAACUAGCACAUGACUAAAGAUGUGGGGGGUUUUAGAUCCCAUUGAAAAGAAUGGAGAUUUUUUUUUUUGGGGGGGGGGGGGUGGUUUUUAAAUUUGUCAUCAUGAGCAGCUGCUAUCUUUCCAUUUUUUUAUUUCAAGGAUUUUGUGUGUGGUCCUAACCGUAUAAUAUGCCUUGGAUCAGGUGUUCUCAAAUUGAGGGUCAAAACGAUAAAUCAGCUGAUAUUGGCUCUUUUAAAAUCGGCACCUUUUUUUUGCCGAGUAUAAAGUUAAAUACUAAAAAUAUUGUAAAACUGUCAAAUGUGCUGCCUGUAAUCUAUAUCUUUAAUCUUGUAAAACAAGAAUUGUUUUAUUCAUUAAACAUAUAUUUUAAAAUAAUGUCCAUAAUGAUUAAUCAAUUAUCAGAUUUUAUUUUUCUGCCAAAUUCCAGCAUCAGCCUGAAAAAAAUCCAUGUGGGGCCCUGAAAAUGAUAUUAUGCUAAUGAUAUGGGGACAAGAAAACAAAGCAUGACCCAAUUACACCUCCCUACUUUAGCUUUGGGCUGAUUAAAAGCAUUGACAUCAUUGUGACAUCCGUAAGAAUAAAAUAAAUUUGAAACAUGUAUACUGUACUGUAUAUGGGAGAAAAAUGUCAUAAUUUCCCAGAGUAAAAAUCAAACCAUUACAAGAAUAGUAUUUUUAAAAUUAUAUUUAUAUAGGUUAUUAAUCUGUUUUUAUACAUAGUAAAAUUAGAGAGUGCUAUUUAAAAAUGACAAACAUAUACCUAUGUUUUUUGGAGGGGGGGCAGUAUGGAUUAAUGGCAUUUUCAUUCAAAUCAACGUUCCCGUUGAUUUGACGAUCGAAUAAGGAUUACAACAAAAAACACCUUUGUUCAUGAUAAAAAAAAUAUUCUAAAGAAAUGACAAAGAAUUUUAAUUGUUCUUUGAUGAAAAAAAUGCUGUAAAAAUUGAACUUUACUCUUGGAGCAUUCCGUGUAUUCUCAAAAAUGUUCUUUUAAAUUAUUGGCAUUAAGGUUAUCAUGGGAUACUUGGAAAAAUGUCUCCCAUGAACCCAAAAGGUUUGAGAGCCCCGGCCUUUUAUAUUACUUGUGUUACUAUUGUUGUAACUUGUCUAUGUACUGGAAUUCCUGAGUCCUCUGUCAUUUCCAUGAAAAAGUUAAAAAGUGCCUGUUUCAAACUCUUCAGGAUCUCUUUUUCUACAGAAACACUGUACUACAUUUUUUUAAUGUGUCAUGUGGACUUUUAUUUAACACAGUUGACGUCCACGUUUCAUUCAGCAAUAAAAAGAAGACAUUUUGUCUGAAAUGUC